GCAAUGGAGAAAGCAAUGAAUGAAAAGGAGUCAAGUGGACCAGCUUGCACGUUUGAGUUCGAUGGUGAAAGUUCUGGUUUGCUUGGUCCAGGUGAGAAAAGCUGGCCAUUUAUCAAUGGGUAUGCAUUUGCAACAUGGAUCUACAUUGAAUCAUUUGCCGACGCAUUAAAUACUGCCACAGUUGCGGCUGCAAUCGCUGCUGCUGCAGCAGCUAAGUCUGGUAGAUCAUCAGCUAUGUCAGCUGCAGCUGCAGCUAGUGCACUUGCUGGUGAAGGUACAGCACACAUGCCUCGCUUAUUUAGUUUUUUAUCUUCUGAUAAUCAGGGGAUAGAGGCUUAUUUUCAUGCACAAUUUCUGGUUGUGAAACCACAGUGCUGGUACUUCAUUGGUGUUGAACAUAUAGGCAAGCAUGGAAUCAUUGGGAAUGCAGAAAGCGAAGUGAGGUUAUACGUAGAUGGGUCUUUAUAUGAAAGUCGUCCAUUUGAGUUCCCUAAGAUUUCCAAGCCCCUUGCAUUUUGCUGCAUAGGAACUAACCCUCCUCCUACUAUGGCUGGUUUGCAACGCCGUCGUCGUCAGUGUCCUUUGUUUGCGGAGAUGGGCCCGGUUUACAUCUUUAAAGAUCCAAUUGGCCAAGAAAAAAUGGCACGUUUGGCUUCUAGAGGAGGUGAUAUAGUGCCUUCGUUUGGUAAUGCAGCAGGGAUUCCAUGGCUUGCAACAAAUGCCCAUGUGCAAAGCAAGGCAGAAGAAAGUGUUCUAUUGGAUGCAGAAGUCGGAGGUUUCAUUCACCUGCUCUACCAUCCUAGUUUGCUUAGUGGGCGUUUCUGUCCAGAUGCUUCACCUCCAGGUGCUGCAGGAUUGCUCCGACGUCCAGCUGAGGUUCUUGGGCAAGUCCAUGUUGCUACACGGAUGAGGCCUGUUGAUGCUUUGUGGGCAUUGGCUUAUGGUGGUCCACUGUCUUUGCUUCCCUUGGCUAUAAGCAAUUUACGUGAGGAUACUCUAGAACCAAAGCAAGGGAAUUUUUCUGUAUCUAUAGCCACCACGUCUCUUGCUGGUCCUAUAUUUAGAAUUAUAUCCACAGCUAUUAAAUAUCCAAAGAAUAAUGAGGAGUUAUCUCGUGGUAGAGGGCCUGAGGUUCUUUCAAAAAUUUUGAACUAUCUUCUCCAAACAAUAUCUUCCUUUGAUGUUGAGAAGAGUGAUGGUGUAAGAGAUGAGGAACUUGUUGCAGCUGUUGUCUCACUUUGUCAAUCUCAGAACAUUAACCAUCCACUUAAAGUGCAGCUCUUCACUACGCUGCUAUUAGACUUAAAAAUUUGGAGCUUGUGUAGUUAUGGAAUACAAAAGAAGCUUCUAUCAUCACUUGCUGACAUGGUUUUCACUGAGUCAACAGUGAUGCGAGAUGCCAAUGCCAUUCAGAUGCUUCUUGAUGGGUGCAGAAAAUGCUAUUGGAUUAUUCCUGAAAAGGAUUCAGUAAAUACCUUUUCCCUAACUGGAACAAGACCAGUUGGUGAAAUCAAUGCUUUGGUCGAUGAGCUCUUAGUGGUAAUUGAACUUCUAAUAGUAGCAGCAUCUCCUUCUUUUGCAUCAGAUGAUGUCCGAUGUUUACUUGGAUUCUUGGUUGACAGUCCACAACCCAGUCAGAUUGAUUCUAAAAAUUAUAUAUAUAUAUAUAAAUCUAGAGCUCAAACAUUUGCAGAGGCAUUCCUAGCGUCUGGUGGUAUUGAAACGCUACUUGUCCUUCUCCAAAGGGAAGCUAAAGCUGGAGACAAUGAUGUCUUGGAAUCAAUGUCAAAGCAUUCUGAUCUUUCAAAACCUGAGACUAACAGUAGAACUGAAACCAGAGAAAGAUGUCAGUAUGAUGAAGCAUUUGAGGAGAAAAGUGAAUACGUUUUACAAGACAAUGACCAAGGUUCUCAAUUUGUUGAUAGUGGCAGUUAUCUUGAUGAUGCUGGUUCUCCUGAUGCGAAUAGUGAAAGGAUGGCAUUAACCUCUGAACUUUCGUCUGACAAGAACUUGGGAGGCAUAAGUCUAUCUAUUAGUGCCGACAGUGCUAGAAAAAAUGUUUACAAUGUUGAUAAAAGUGAUGGCAUUGUUGUUCGAAUAAUAGGUCUCUUGGGUGCUUUAGUAGCUUCUGGGCAUUUGAAGUUUGAUUGCCCUGCUGGUCCAGAUACAUCAAGCAACCUUUUGGGUGUUGGACUAGAUGAAGGAGGUUGUACUAUGUUUGAUGAUAAAGUUUCUCUUCUUCUUUAUGCCUUACAGAAGGCUUUUCAAGCUGCACCCAACAGGCUAAUGACUAACAAUGUUUACACAGCCUUAUUGGCUGCCUCGUUAAAUGCUUCUUCAACUGAGGAUGGACUGAAUUUCUCUGAUUCUGGUCACCGCUUCAAGCAUUCACAACUUCUAUUGGUGCUUUUGCAUUCCCUUCCAUUUGCGCCAAGGCCUCUGCAGAGAAGAGUACUUCAGGAUGUUCUAUUUUUGGCUUGCAGUCAUCCAGAAAACAGAACCAAUCUGACAAACAUGGAGGAAUGGCCAGAAUGGAUUUUAGAGGUCCUAAUAUCAAACCAUGAGGUGGGUUCAAGCAAAUCAUCUGAUCAUACAAGCCCAAGAGACAUAGAGGACCUUAUACAUAACUUCCUUAUGACCUUACUAGAACAUUCGAUGCGCCAAAAAGAUGGAUGGAAGGAUAUUGAAGCAACAAUUCAUUGUGCUGAAUGGCUUUGUAUUGUGGGUGGAUCUAGCACAGGAGAACAUAGGAUGAGGCGUGAGGAAGCAUUGCCUAUAUUCAAGAGGAGACUUUUAGGUGCCUUGUUGGAGUUUUCUGCUCAAGAAUUGCAGGUUCAGACUCACACUAUUGCUGCAGCUGCUGCUGGCGUUGCAGCUGAGGGUUUGUCUCCAGAUCUCGCUAAGGUGGAGGCUGAGAAUGCAGCUUACCUGUCAGUGGCAUUAGUAGAGAAUGCUAUUGUGAUACUUAUGCUUGUUGAGGAUCAUUUAAGGUUACAGAGCAAACAGUUUACUUUACGUGCCACAGAUGUCUCUCCAUCUCCCCUUUCUCUUUUUUUUCCAGCCCAGGAUAACUCACCGUCAUUGUCAGUAACUGGAGAAUCAACAGAAGUUAUGGGUGAUCGCACAUCGUCCUCUAGUAAUUCUGGGGCAGUCUCUCUUGAUGUCCUUGCUUCGAUGGCUGAUGCAAAUGGUCAAAUAUCCACUUCCGUGAUGGAAAGGCUUGCUGCUGCUGCUGCUGCUGAGCCUUAUGAAUCUGUUUCUUGUGCUUUUGUAUCCUAUGGGUCCUGCGCUAAGGAUUUAGCUAAUGGCUGGAAAUUUCGGAGCCGUUUGUGGUAUGGCGUUGGCCUUCCUUCAAAGGGAACUCCACUUGGUGGUGGUGCAGGAGGAUGGGAAAUUUGGAAGUCAGCUUUGGAGAAAGAUGGCAAUGGCAACUGGGUUGAGCUUCCUCUGGUGAAGAAGUCUAUGGCAAUGCUCCAAGCAUUGUUGCUAGAUGAGUCCGGCCUUGGUGGCGGUCUUGGAAUUGGCGGAGGGUCAGGCACUGGGAUGGGAGCAAUGGCUGCAUUGUACCAGCUAUUAGACAGUGACCAACCAUUCUUUUGCAUGCUCCGGAUGGUUCUUCUAUCAAUGAGGGAAGAAGAUGAUGGGGGAGAACAUAUGCUGAUGAAGACUUCAACAAUUGAGGAUGCAAUCUCUGAAGGAAGGAAACAAAACUCGACACUUUUGUGGAGUGUCCUCUCUCCAGUUCUGAACAUGCCAAUUUCUGAGUUUAAAAGACAAAGAGUGUUGGUAGCAUGCUGUUUACUUUAUUCUGAGGUGUACCAUGCUGUUAGCAUAGACCAAAAGCCUCUCCGUAAACAGUACCUUGAGGCUAUUUUACCUCCAUUUGUUGCGGUCUUGAGGAGGUGGCGCCCCAUCUUGGCUGGAACCCAUGAACUCGCAACUACUGAUGGUCUGAAUCCUCUUACCGUAGAUGAUCCUGCACUAGCUGCUGAUGCCCUUCCAGUCGAGGCUGCUCUGGCAAUGAUGUCUCCAGCCUGGGCUGCUGCUUUUGCAUCUCCACCUGCAGCAAUGGCAUUGGCUAUGGCAGCAGCUGGUACUUCAGGUGGUGAAAGUCGUGCCCCUGUAAGAAAUACCCAACUUAGGCGUGACACCUCAUUGAUGGAACGGAAACAACAGGCUAAGCUUACUACAUUUUCAAGCUUUCAAAAACCUUUAGAAGCACCUACUAAAACUCCUCCAUUACCCAAGGACAAAGCUGCAGCAAAAGCUGCUGCUUUGGCAGCAGCUCGUGAUCUUCAACGAUUUUCAAAGAUUGGUGCUGGAAGAGGUCUUAGUGCUGUUGCAAUGGCUACAUCUGCUCAGCGAAGGAAUGCUAGUGAUAUGGAGCGUGUUAAGAGGUGGACUAUAACUGAAGCAAUGGGAGUUGCCUGGAUGGAAUGUUUGCAGCCAGUUGAUACAAAGUCAGUGUAUGAGAAAGAUUUUAAUGCUUUAUCAUAUAAAUUCAUUGCAGUUCUAGUUGCCAGUUUUGCCCUAGCAAGGAACAUGCAACGGUCUGAGAUUGACAGGCGUGGUAAUGUUGAUAUAAUAGCUAGGCAUCGAAUCAAUACAGGAAUCCGUGGGUGGCGCAAACUUAUUCGGCAGUUAAUUGAGAUGAGAACUCUUUUUGGGCCUUUUGCGGAUCAUUUAUACAGCCCACCUCUUGUUUUUUGGAAGCUAGAUUUUAUGGAAAGUUCUUGCCGGAUGAGAAGAUGUUUGAAGAGGAAUUACCGAGGAUAUGAUCAUUUAGGUGCUGCAGCCAAUUAUGAUGAUGAUAAUUCAGAGAAGAAUAAAGAUCAGAAAACACCAAUUUUAUCAGCAGAAGCAAUCUCAAUAGACGGUAUAAAUGAAGAUGAAGAACAGGCUGAAAUUGAUAAUCUGGACGCUAAGGUUAAUGAUAUUGAAGACAAAGUAAUGAAUCAGCCUCCUAAACUUUCUGAACCAGUAGAGCAAACUGUAGAGCAAUCUUUAGAAACCAGUGCAACCAAACUUUCGAGUGUUGAAGGUAUUGUUCGAAGUUCUUCGGGGAUUGCACCUGGCUAUGUUCCAAGUGAACUUGAUGAAAGAAUUGUUCUUGAGCUACCCUCAUCAAUGGUCCAGCCACUUAGGGUAUUACAAGGAACCUUCCAAGUAACCAGUAGGAGGAUAAAUUUUAUAGUAGAUAACAGUGCAUGCAGCACCCCCAUGGAUGGUUUGGAUAUCAAUUCUGAGGCAUGGGACCAAGAAAAGGAUCGUAGCUGGUUAACGUCAUCCCUUCAUCAAAUUUUUAGCCGGAGAUAUCUCCUUAGAAGAAGUGCGCUGGAGCUAUUUAUGGUGGACCGUUCAAAUUUUUUCUUUGACUUUGGGAGUAGUGAGGGGCGAAGGAAUGCAUAUCGAGCAAUUGUUCAAUCACGGCCUCCUCAUUUAAACAAUAUAUAUUUGGCCACUCAAAGGCCAGAACAACUUUUGAAAAGAAUACAACUUAUGGAGCGCUGGGCUAGGUGGGAGAUCAGUAAUUUUGACUACCUAAUGCAACUCAAUACACUGGCUGGGCGUAGUUAUAAUGAUAUAACACAGUACCCAGUUUUCCCCUGGAUUCUUUCUGAUUACAGUUCUGAGAGCUUGGAUCUUUCUAACCCUUCUUCUUACCGAGAUCUUUCAAAGCCUAUUGGUGCACUGAACCCAGACCGUCUGAAAAAAUUUCAAGAGAGAUAUGCUAGCUUUAACGACCCAGUCAUCCCCAAAUUCCAUUACGGAUCACACUACUCCAGUGCAGGAACAGUUCUGUAUUAUCUUGUUAGGGUUGAACCAUUCACUACCCUUGCAAUCAAACUUCAAGGUGGAAAAUUUGAUCAUGCCGAUCGGAUGUUCUCAGAUGUUUCUACUACUUGGAAUGGAGUCCUUGAGGACAUGAGUGAUGUGAAGGAAUUGGUAAGUCUAUCAACUUUUAUGACAAACUGAUUGAUUUGUACAUUAUGCACAACACAAUUGGGAGAAAAGCUUGAUACUGUAAGACUUCCUCCUUGGGCUGAGAAUCCAGUUGAUUUUGUGCAUAAGCAUAGGAUGGCUCUGGAGAGUGAGUAUGCAUCUGCUCAUUUACAUGAGUGGAUUGACCUCAUAUUUGGGUAUAAGCAAAGAGGCAAAGAAGCUAUAGCAGCGAAUAAUGUUUUCUUUUAUGUUACCUAUGAAGGAACAGUGGAUAUUGAUAAAAUAUCUGACCCAGUACAACAGCGUGCGACACAAGAUCAGAUUGCUUAUUUUGGACAGACACCAUCCCAACUUCUGACUGUUCCUCACUUAAAGAAGAAGCCAUUAGCCGAGGUUCUGCAUUUGCAGACAAUAUUUCGAAACCCCAAAGAAGUCAAGCCAUAUGUUGUUCCAUCCCCACAGCACUGCAAUCUACCUGCAGCUGCCAUUCACGCAUCUUCAGACAUGGUUGUGGUUGUUGAUAUGAAUGCACCAGCAGCUCAUAUUGCACAACACAAGUGGCAGCCCAAUACGCCUGAUGGCCAGGGUACUCCAUUCCUUUUUCAUCAUGGGAAAGCUGCAUCAGGGUCUGCUGGUGGACUUAUGCGCAUGUUCAAAGGGGCAAGUGAUGAAGAGUGGUUAUUUCCCAAGGCAUUAGCUUUUGCUGCUUCUGGAAUUAGGAGCCAAGCUAUUGUUGCUGUAACAUGUGACAAAGAAAUCAUUACUGGUGGGCAUGCUGAUAAUAGUAUUAGGGUAGUAUCCUCAGAUGGAGCUAAAACCUUGGAGACAGCUUAUGCGCACUGUGCUCCUGUAACUUGCGUUGGUCUUUCACCGGAUAGUAACUAUCUGGUGACAGGAUCUGAAGAUACAACAGUAAUAAUCUGGAGAAUACAUAGGUCACAUACAUCUCGUGUAUCAGACUCUUCCAUUAGCUCACUUCCUUCAACCAGCGGUACUUCUUCAUCACAUUUGUUCUUCGAAAAGAAUCAGAGACGCCGCAUUCAGGGUCCUCUACAGGUACUUCGGGGGCACCACGGUGAAAUACUUAGUUGUUGUGUCAACUCAGAUGUUGGAGUAGUUGUUUCAUGCUCCGAAUCAUCAGAUGUUCUCUUGCAUUCAAUAAGGAGGGGACGUUUAAUCAAAAGGCUGGAUGGUGUUGAGGCACAUUCUGUUUGCCUUUCCUCUGAAGGGGUUGUCAUGACCUGGAAUGAAUCACAGCAUACUCUCUGUACCUUUACUAUUAAUGGUGUUAUGAUAGCCAAAACUGAAUUAUCUUUCUAUAAAGGCGUCACUUGCAUGGAAAUCUCCGUUGAUGGGAGGAAUGCUUUGCUAGGAAUCAGUUCUGCAGAAAAUAGUAAACCCCAGGAUAACAGUUGGUGGAACAAGACAGGUAUAACUGAUCCUGAUUCACCACCAAAAGAAACUCAUGAAGCCGACAGAAUCGAUGUCCCAUCACCAUCAAUUUGCUUCUUGGAUUUGCACACUCUGGAGGUAAUUCAUGUAAUGAAGCUAGCAGAAGGACAGGAAAUCACAGCUCUUGCACUAAACAAGGAUAACACGAAUCUUUUGGUUUCAACUUUGGAUAAAAAUUUGAUUAUCUUCACUGAUCCAGCUUUAAGCUUGAAGGUGGUUGAUCAAAUGCUCAAGCUUGGUUGGGAAGGUGAUGGACUUAAGAACCUCAUAAAGUCAUAGCUUUUAGGAUAUAGAGAAGUCGAUUAUAGAUCUCCUAUACAUAAUAAUUAACAAUUAGGAAAAUUAGGAUUGGGGUUUAUACUACUCUUGUUUAUAAGCACUUUCGUUUCAUCCCUUUGGUUUCAGAGAUGUCUUGUAACAUAUGUGACACUUCUUUUCUUUUUUUUAACCACCACCACAGUAUUAGGCUUUUAGAUUUAGCUCAGGGGUCCUCUUCGCUCUCCCAGCUUUACUGAAGUGCUUGUAUUUGACAGACUUCUCGCUGAGGCUUGAGCCAUUAAAUUUUUUCUCUUCAAUUUUUUCCAUUAUUUUCUCUUUCAGAAUUGUAGUGAAAGAAAAUUUUAUAUAUUAGCUAUUCUUUCUUGUAGCGAAAGAAUAUUUAUGAGUAUAU